GGGGGUGACAAGCGAGGAAGGGGUACCAACGAUCGGAAGAGUAGUAUUGAAUAUGAGGGUUCGGCCAACUGAUAUUGGGGGUGUUUGUUCGGUCAGCUUUGCUAUUCACUCAAUCUAGUCAAUCACAUCCUUCUCUCCUUCCUUCCUCGCCGUGUUCACAUUCGCCAGCGGGGCCUACCGGCGCCGUGGGUCCUGUUGAGGUGCAUGGGGGUGGGAGACGGCGCCCUGACAGAGACAUGCAUGCCACGCCACCACAGGUGGGCCGCUGAGCGGGUACAUGGACGGGCAUUGCAGCGUCGACUGCCUCCACCGACCAUCGGGUGCAAGCGUAUAUACAUGAAUUCGUACCGCUUGAGAUGGCCUGACAGUGUGCGUCCCGAUCUGCCGCCAGCCGUGAUGGAGUGUCCUCCCGCGAACUUGUCCAGGAGCAGCCCACUGCCACCACUCAUCGAAAGCAGAGUAGUCGUGGGGGCAGGUACAGAUACACCAACCGCUGGACAACAAAUAACGGCGUGACUGCUGUGUUGCGUGUGUAUGGAGACAUGAGCGUACCUGGCGACGCGGGUCGCGAGUGGUGCGGUGAUGGCGGGCGACCGUUGAGGGUCCCCCGCAAAGGACCAGGAGACGGAGGGCGGCCUGAGAGCGAGUGAGGGAGGAAAAAAUGCCUGUGUCGUCUUGUACGGUCUGUCAUCGAAGCCUCUUGUUUAGCGGACCAUGUGUCAGGUAUGGUCUCGAGGAUGGCGCGGUUGAUGGCCUCUUCUUGCGCAUUGCAUUGCUGCCGUACUGCUCCUGGCACUCGUCCUCACUGCUCCCCACACGGGCGCUCCCAUCACCGCGAGGUCUGAAGCCGCCGGACCGCUGUGAUUGGCCAUCUGCACGACACAAAGACAUACACACAAACGCACACCCAACACUUGCGGCAACCGAAUCGCAACACUGUGGUCGCUUCGGGUAGCGGUCAGACAGGUGCGGUGUGCGAUGAGGUCACGGACCAUCUCGGUUGAGGUUUCCGUACAGGGUACCAUUGCCAAAGCCGUUGGUCAUCUGCACACAGCCAGCGGUGACACACACCCACACACAGUUUGGUGCAAUGGGACACAAGCGCUAGCCAGACUAGUCCUCCAGCCUCGCUCACCACUCUACUCUUCUCGUAUCCGGCGAAGGCCCGUGAUGCCGAUGCGUUAGACCCCCCCAGACGAAGAGGGCCGGGCGAACCUUUUCGAAGGGAUGCGCUGUUCGGACACAGCAAACAAUAUAUACCAGCCCCUUCCACUGCCACGUUAGCAGGGGGCGUCCUCUGGCCCAACUUUAUUGACCUGCUUCCACGCUCUCGCUGGCUUGCUCCGAGCAUCGGUGACGGUUCGCGGACUCUGCACAAAUAUGAGAACACUGGAUGGUGGCGAUUGGUCACUUCCAUCGUGCCCACCGAUUCGGUGGCGUAACCCCUGAGUCUCGCCUCGAGCUCCCCCUCUCGCGGUACGCUCCGUAUGCCCCAGUGAGAUGCAAGGAUCCCCCUUCCGCCAUGCGGUCGCGGUUGUAGGUGUUGUUGAGGCUUCCUCCCACUCCGCCCGCCACGGACGCACCUGCAGGGUCCCCUCCCAGCCCCAGCCCGACAGUCAAGCCCAUCGAUGCAGCCUGCCGGGACUCCGCACCAUUGGCCGAUGUCGGUGAGCCCUGACGGAGCAUCAGUGGGGGCGUCGACGGACGAGCCGAGCGGGUAUCCAGUGCCCGUGCCUGCCUUCCGUUGGUGGUGUGCAUCGGCAGGAACCCGUCGGCAGCGCCAAGGUUAUGCGGUGCGUUCAAUGACAGCGAGGAACCCAGAAAAAAGCUGCCCAAGGCAGCACCACUGUGCGAACCAUUCUUCAGCUCACGGACAGAUGCAGUGUUCCUACGCACAUAAAAAGAUACAUUCAUUGCCGCCUGUGGCUGCAUUGAAUCAUCCAGCCAUCCAUGUAUCGGGUACCGGAAGGCAGCAUCUUGGUCAAACACGUCCCGGUAGAGUCCCCGGCCUGACACACGAAUGAGAACGUCCAGCAUCCAUCAACAUCAGACAGGGUAGCGCCAUAACAAAGGUCGCAUCGGUUCGCGCUCAAGGCGCCCUUACGGAGAAUGCUCCGAGCGUUCUCGGACGUACUGCGAUGCUCGCCAUGGCCAUCCUCAUCUGCAGGAAUCAUGAAGAAUGAAUGAAAACGUACGCCUGCCUGGUACGAACCGACUCGACUGACUGGCUGACUGACAAUGGCUUGCCACAUGAAUGAGUGCAUGCAUCGCCCGGCAAACGGUGCUGCUGACCUUCGCCAGUAGCCCAUGGGAAAACCUCCCUCCUCUGCACGGCUUGCGUGAACCUGCUAGGUGCAUGAGAGGCCUCAUCCUGCACAGACAGAGACACAGAGAGACGGACGUGCAUGGUACGAUGGACUACUCAACCACGGCGCACCUUGUUGUUGGCUUGUGUGAGCCCCGUCCCGUUGCUGUUCUGUGAUGUGCGGUAGUCUCUGUUGGAUUGUGCUGUAUCUGUGGGCGAAGGCUGCCCGUCAUCGACGACCGACGUAGGAGUGUCGAUGUCAGCACGUGCCUCGGCGGGGGGGAUGUAUUGAUGGCGUUUCAACAUCUUGAGCUGCAGUCCACGACAGCUGUCACCGGCUGAAUAGGGCCCGCUGCUGGUCUUGACACCACUCGUGCUGUCGCAUACAUCUGAACCAACGUAAUCUCUACGUCAUAUCUUCAUAUUUGCAGUGUUCACCGACCUGAUGAGUCCUUUCGGCUACACCUUGCGUCUUUAGUAGUGUAUAGAGAGGCGGGUGCAGCAGGUGCUAUGUCAUGCGCACUGGCGCCGGCAUUCUUUGUCAAGGAUCCCGACUCAGGCCCCACGGCGGCCCCCGAGACACCGGCAUUGAGGUUGCUGGCAGCCGCACCGGACAUCUCCUUGCCUGUCCCCUGCCUCUGUGCCCCGCUGGAUUGCUCGGUGCCCAUGGCCACCUCCCGACCCGCAUUCAGGGCCCCCGCCACUACUCCAUUGGGAGCCUGCGUGCACGUCUGACCGCCUUGAGGAGCCUUCGGCUGAGGCAGCUGCUGGAAGAACGCAGAUGAUGACACUACACCGUUGCUGCUCGCUGAAGUGUGGGCCUGGCUACUGAAGAACUGCUCGCCGACGGAACUGGCGCGCAGAGAGGGCACGAAAGCGGUCGUGUGCUGCGAUGUAUCUGCACCCACAGGAGACAGACAGACAGACAGACACGUGAGUAUAACGAGAGGGACAGCCUCCCUCCAGGGCUGCCUCGACUGACUGACCGACCUACCCUUCGAGGGCCCUGAAUCCAACAAUGUGCCACAUAACUUAUCUCCGGCCCUCUGCCCGUCAUCCGCUGGAGCUACGGUUUUGCCGGUGGAGCUGCUCGCAGCGAGAGCAGUGGAUGAUGAUGCUGAGGCCGGGACGAAGGUGGCACUAGCUACCGAGGGCGACGGCGUGCUGGCGCUGGCGACUCUGUUCUUAAGAAUGGACUUGAGGGUGGCUUUGGUGCCGUUGACGGUGCUGAAACUGGGCGGGUCCGUCGAGAGGGGAGCUGCUGACGAGGAUAGGUUGGUGGUCUCGAGGCGCUCCUUGUCGUCCGCGCCGCGGUCCGCCCACGCCAGACGACGCGUGCCGUUUGAAGGCUCGCCGGGACCCGGCGCGCUCGGCGACGACGGCUGCGCUGCAAAACAACAAAUAGGUCCCAGGAGUAGGGAGAAAGCGCAAAUGACAAAUACUAGCGUCGGGGAGCCACAGUUACUCGAAGCAAGAUUGUCGUUUCGUGAGUUAAUGUAGGUAUUCCUCAGCAAAAGUUCCUCCGAGUCCAGGUCGGCUACAGGGCCGUCUGAAGAAGCACAUGCAGAGUAAGUGAGAGACGUUCGGUGGAAGGCGCUACCGCCUGCGGCACUUGACACACAGAUUCGUACCAUUCCAAUCGACGGAUCGUUUUUUGUUGAGGUUGGGUCCGAAGAGCCUCUUUUCGUAGUCCUCGAGCUGCUUCAUGAAGCCCCGCUUGAUCUGAAUGUCGCCUCGACGAGACGUCAGGUACUCGAUGGUCUUCUCCAGUGACCAUUGGUACCUGCAUUCACAACACAUACAGACCCAGACACGGGGCACCGCACCCAUACCGGCAGUGGAGCCAUUACAUCUCGCGCGGCCCCUGGCCUCAGGUGUGCACGUCUGUGUGUCUGUCUGUCUGUCUGUCUGUGCCGUCGAGUCACACGCUUGGAGACGUGCAUGUGUGUUUUAUGUAGGUACCUCUUCAUCAGGUAGGCGACGACGAUGCAACAGGACCGUGACUGCCCCCGGAAGGAGUGGAUGAGAACUGACUCGCCCUCAUCGACGCUUUCUUGAAUAAACGCCGCCACCUCGUUGGCAACCUGAUCUCGGUUGUCCAGGAUCAGCUGGGGAAACAUAUGGCAAACAAGAAGACCCACACAGUAGUGCCAGUCACAUGGGCUACCCAGCGGGUAUGGCCGCGCAUAUAUAUUUUCCCUACCUGGUUGUCAUGGUCCAUCCAAAAGUAAGUGAGGUACUGAAUGCCGAUAUUCUCAUAGUUGUUAGGCACCUGGCGCCCAGCGCAAUUCACGACGUGAGAGACCUGCCAUACAAAACCGCCGUCACACAUGUUGCCCGUCCAGAAUGAAAAGCCCUUCUCAUCCAGACUUCUCAGGAACCUUGUUUGCAAGAAGAAAUUCAAAAUCGUGCGCUGAAAGCUGAGGAAAUUCAGUGAGGCCACUGCUAUCGUCUACGGCCUUGCACUUGUGGCCUUGUUUUUCAUUGCGUACCUCAUCGCCGACAAACAGACCAUCUUUGACCUGAAAAAGGCGCAAACAGACACCCACUGUCAAGUACCUUCAUCGACCGACACGCCUAAGGUACCUUGACCGCGCCUAGGAUGUCCAUCAUUGUCAACAGUCUCC